AUGAAGUCCGUCGCACUUGCUGCAGGAGUCCUCGGCCUCACUGGCCUGGCCUUCGGAGAGAAAACUACGACAAUCUACGGAACACGCACGCGCCGCGGCGAGCAGCCUGCCCCUACAAUGACUCUUUCUGCUGUUCCCUACACAACCGUGACGGAUUGCUGGUCGACUACAGGUACAUCAGCUUGUAGGACCGAGACCCAAGUCUGCCCGUUCGGAUCAACCACCACGCUUCAGACGUGGAUGUCCAAGGACUGCAACUGGUCCGACAUGAUACGCACUCCAAAGCCGAGCUUGACUUGCUCUACAACUUCCUCGACAUACAUGGCUUGCUUGACCACUGGUUCGGACCGGCCUCUCCCCAUGCCGAGCCGUAGUCAGCGCUUGGUCGCGAACCAUGCUCAGGCUGUCCCUACAACUACGGAGGGAUCAGUCGUUUCCACUAGCUCGACGCUUCCGCCUCCUGUACCUACGAGGACGAGCAGCAAUAUGGGCGGUGGUCGGAGUCAGCGCGGGUUUACACAUCACACUACCACCGACAGUGGAGGCCGCAGCCAGCGCUGGGUGGCAGAUGAGGCUCAAGCCCUUCCUACCACCAACCUUGGUAGGCGUCAUAACCGCUACGUCAAGCGUGUUGUUGAGGCUGAGCCUACGCCUGCGGCUGAGAUGCUAGAAAAAGAUAUGGUAGCUUAG